UAGAGGGCGCGGUGCACAAGGCUGAACCACACACACCACUACCCACAAGCAAGAGAGUUCGUAGAGCGAGACCACAGUGGUGAGGAGACAUCGGAUGGCGUCGGAGAUGAGCAAGGAUGUGAAGUUCUCCGAGGAAGAAGUCACCUCGCACCCGCGCGUUCUCGAAGGUGAGGAGCAGACGGUGGUUGCGCCGGCACGGCAAUCGUCCAUCUUCGCGCUGACGCUGGACGAGUUGCAAUACUCCGUGUGCGAGGCGGGGCACAACUUCGGGUCCAUGAACAUGGACGAAUUUAUGAGCAACAUAUGGAAUGCCGAGGAGUUCCAGGCGGCGACCGGCGGUGGCUUGGUGGGCAUGGAGGUGGCUCCUGUGGUGGGUGCUGGUGGAGGCGGAGGUGGCGGAGAUGCAGGAGGAAGCAACCUAGCCCGGCAGGAGUCGUUCUCCUUGCCUCCCCCGCUGUGCCGGAAGACGGUGGAGGAGGUGUGGGCUGAGAUCAACAGGGAGCCCCGCCCGGUGCAUGCCCAGCCUCAGGCCGCGCGACCCUCACAGCAGCCUCCUGUCCAGCCACCGGUUGUGGCCAACGACCGGCAGGGGACCCUAGGCGAGAUGACGCUGGAGCAGUUCCUUGUCAAGGCCGGCGUGGUCCGUGGAUCUGGCACCGGCGUCCAGGCGCCUAUGCCGGUCGGCAUGGUCCAUGGACAGAUGAACCCCGUGCAGCAGGGGCAGCAGCCUGGCCCAAUGAUGUACCCGAUGGCACCAGCCAACGGUAUAUUCCAGGUGAUGGGCGACGACAUGGGGUUCGUCCCCAACGGGUACGCGGGGAUGGCCGUGGUGCCGCCGCCACCACCUCCUCAAGGUGGGGUCGGUAUCGUGAGCCCCGGGUCGUCGGACGGGAGGAGCGCCAUGACGCAGGCUGACAUGAUGAACUGCAUGGGCGACGUAGUGAUGAUGGAGAAUGGUGGCGCCCGAAAACGUGGCGCCCCGAAGGAUCAGUCUCGCGAGAGGAGCAUCGAGCGCCGCCACCGCCGCAUGAUCAAGAACCGUGAGUCAGCCGCACGAUCGCGUGCCAGGAAGCAGGCUUAUACCGUGGAGCUUGAAGCUGAACUGAACCACCUCAAGGAGGAGAACGUGCGUCUGAAAGCUGAGGAGAAGACAAUUCUGCUGACUAAGAAAAAAAUGCUGGUGGAGCAGUCCAAGGAGAACGUGAAAGCCAAGAAGGGUGGCGUCCUGUUGCGGCGCUGCGGCAGCUGCAUCAGCUGGUGAAGAAGAUGGAACAGUGAAAGGAGAAUGUCAACGCCAAUAAGGGUGAUGCCCUGCUGCGGUAGCUGCAUUUGGUGAACGGUGACCCUCCAUUCAACUUCCAUAGCCUUGCUGGCUGGAGGAGGAGGACUUGAA